GGCUGAGCAACCUCUUCUCGUCACAAGUGUCCAGGCAUGUGAGGAGGGAGGACUGAGUUUUCACACAAAAUCUACGUGAUUUUGUUGUGUUAAAUUCUUUUUAUUACUGUGCUCUUGAAAAAUUCAAUCUGUGUUUUUGUUUGUUUAUUUAUUAGUUCUCUCUCAGUAGAUAGAUAUGAUAGUGUUGGAAAGAGUGCUAGAGUGCGAAGGUGGAUCUGCCUUGUGUCCGGGUGUUUAAAACCUUGGAAUAAAGUGAUGGAGGUUUAGUGGGUGUUCGUGGUAGCGCCGCGGGCUGUGAUAGCUGUAGUUAGUACCUGUGGAGAGCCAAACCUGCCCCAGCCCGCCCCUCCUACCUACCAACCUACCCAGUUCUUCGCCCUCUCACCUGGGAUGAGUCCUUCGUCCCGGUGAAAAGGCCUGAAGGACUCGCUCGACACCUCAACAGAAAGAUACCGCAAGUUCUCUCACGAAAGUUCUUUGAUUGGAAAGAUCGCAAGCUACGUUACACUAUGUCGAACUACAAGUCAGACUGCCGCAAGUUCCAGCCCAACAUCUUCAACAAAAGCAAAUGUACCAACUGUUUCAGGCAACGCGAGGAACACUCUGCAGAGGCCCUCGAAUCUAACAGAGUCCGGGGGGGUGCUCGAGGGGGGAAGGGCUCCAAGAAGAGCAAGAGCAAAGAGGUGAUGUGGUCUCCCCGCGCGCGCCCACGCCCACGCCCGCCCCAGCAUCCACACGCCCGCGAUUCUACAAGUUCCACCGCUUCAUCCGACGCGUCUCUCGGCAGCGAGUCCACGCCCACGGUAACUGUGUGUGUGCCCGCCCGCAAGCACGCACGUCCGUCCGGACCCGCAUCCACCCCCCCGCACGCCCACUCUGAAUCCAAGUCUAGAAUAGCGGCCGGCGUGUAUUGGUCACGCACGCCGUGGAGUGCUAUUUUUAAAGGCCUGUUCAUAUGUGGCUUUUUUACAUAUGAUACGUUUGAACAGCACUUUUGAGGCAUUUGUUUUGUG